AUGCACUGUUCCGUUUUCACGAAUUCAGUGAAGAGAGUGUACAAUUCGAUCAAAGAUUACCACCAAACACAAAAACUGAUGGGUUACGCCGAAGUUCAACUCGACCCGCUGAAAAAAAACGGCAGACAAGUGAUUAGACUGUUUUUCAGUUAGAUAAUAAUUAUUAAUAAUUUGGUAAUCUAUACCUACAUAAUACAGGGGGAAUCGUUUAACGUAAAACACUCAUUUAACUCACAUUUAAUGUUUUCCACAAAAAAAAAAUUGUUUCAAAAAUUUAAAAAACAAGCUGGUAAAAUAGUCAAGUGUGACAAAAAUUAACUAAGAGUUCUGAAGCAGAUCGGACUGCAUGAAUCGAGACCAAAAAAAAAAAAUAUGUUUUUUUUUUCUGGUAUCAAUAAUAACCCAGAAUAUUAUGGGCAUUGGAAGAAUGCGGUCUUUGUCCAACCAAGAAGACUAAAAAAGCGAUUACAUUACCGUUCUGAAUAAUAUUGGCCUAGAACCUACAUACGAACGCAAAAAUGUAUGCGAUUCAAACUAAUUGCUGGUUUUAUAUAGAUUUAACAUAAAAGUAACCGAAAAAAUUAUGGUUAAAAACAUAUUAUGUUUUUCCAAUUAUUAUUUUUCGGAGGAAUUGCGAAAUUAAAAUGCGAACACCAACGAUUUUAUUUUUUUUGUAAUAUAUUCAUAUAAUUGAAUCUCACGAAAUUAUAAAAUAACACUUAGGGACCUUGUAAUAUACAGAUUAUUCACGAUAUUUUUUUAAUCAAAACUGUUACAAUACACAUUUUACAUAGGUACAAUAAAGCAAUAUUAUCAAAUAUUACGUUUGUUCUGAAAAUUAGUGAAAUAUGUAUAUUUUUUUUUUAAAAUGGUUAUUAUUUUAUGUGUGUUUAAGAAUUAUCGAAAAACGUCCAUUUUGGUCAUCGAAAUGUACAAGUAAACAGAGACGGCCCGACAAAAGGACAAAGAACGGAUGCGGUCGAUAAAGCCACUAUUGAGGAACGAGAAGAACUUCGACGUAACACGUAA